UUUACCUGAAGACAAAGAUAUAAAAAUGUUUAACGGAAUGGAUAACGUGUAUACCGUGAGCGUGUCGGCGCCCGGCAAAGUAAUCCUCCAUGGGGAGCAUUCAGUGGUAUAUGGGAAGACCGCCAUCGCCGUCAGCCUGGGAUUGAGGAGCUCUAUCGUUAUAAAGGAAAAGAACACAGUCAGCGAACCUGUAGUGCAAAUUCACCUGCCAUGCGUAGAUCUACAGGAAACUAUGCCCCUAGAGCCAAUAGUGCAGAAUUUAUUCAACCCGCAACUCGCCCCAGGGAUCACUGGAAAGUUCCACUGGCGUAUCCCGGAUAAAUUGGACCAUGAAACACACUUGAGACGGGUCGACGAGUUCCUUCGCGUUUUCAAGCCCAAUUUCGAUAGUAUGCAGAGUAAUCAGAAGAAUUCAUUGAGGAGUUUCUUAUAUGUUUUCUCGGGCAUAUUCGGCAGCACUAACCUCCCAGUACGAUCAAUGGACAUCUCCAUGGGUUCCGAGCUGAGCAUCGGCGCGGGCACGGGCAGCUCGGCCUCCUUCGCCGUCUGCCUCGCAGGGGCCCUAAUCCAACUCCUCAAGCUUAAAAGUUCAACGAAUUCCUCAUCGCAUUUCGACGUCUUCUACGAACAGUCUAGUGAGGACUUUGACAUGAAAGAGAAGGAAAUCAUUUCCGAGUGGGCUUUUAAUUGCGAGAGGAUCAUGCAUGGAGUGCCAUCAGGCAUAGACAACGCGACCUGCACAUAUGGCUCCGUAGUCUCAUUCAAGAAGGGCGGCAAGCCGAGACAUCUGGACAUGCGGCUGGACCUGCGCGUGUUGCUGGUCGACUCGCGCGUGUCGCGGGAAACACGCUCGCUGGUCGUGAAGGUCGCCGCGGUGAGGCAGAGGAACGGGCCCGCCGUCGACCAUAUAAUGGAGGCCUGUGACCACAUCGCUCGUACCGCUAUACAGGUUUUAGAAAAACUCUCCAGUGAAAAGUGUGAGUCUAACGUCGAAGCAGAUUAUCAACAUUUGGCGGAACUCUGGGACAUGAACCAUUGCCUGCUGGCUUCGCUGGGCACAUCGCACCCAGCUCUGGAAGCCAUUCGUGCAUCGGCGCGCGCGCGCAACCUGGCCUGCAAGCUUACAGGCGCCGGCGGCGGAGGGUAUGCCAUGGUGCUCAUUCCUCCAUACACACCGCGAACGGUAGUGGACUCUCUCACAGGCGAAUUGUUGGAGAAUGGAUUCCGUGUGAAAGAAACUCGCCUGGGUGGGCCCGGAGUCACCCUCGAGAUGUGACAUAAACCGCCAGCCAAGAGGUUUAGACUUAGUACAAGGACUUACAUGGUGUUUGGUACACUUAGAAAUACUACUUAAUGCAUGGGAGCUACUUGGGGUGUUUACGUUUUCGAGCUCUCGAACAAAUUUGCAUAAGUAUCCAAUUUUGGUGGCCGAAUUAUGAUUUCGGUGGCCGAAUUAUGAUUUCGGUGUCUACCUUUUAGUCUUCAUCGAACUCUAAGUUCGGUGGACGUCUUUUGAUAAAACUUUAAAAUGAGUUGCUUCUGUGUGGAAAACGUAAUCACGGUCAAAUAUUUUUGGUUGUAAUUUAUUUUUGGUUGCAAUUAAUAGAGGAACCAAAUAUAGUUCAUUUAACUUUACGUGAAUAUUUAGAUGUAUUCGUACAUUUGCAAGGAGAAGCUGUAAAUGCUUUCCAGGCAAUAGGCGGUGUUGGACAUUAUCAACAUUUGUAAUGCAAUCUCUAAACGGAGUAAUUAGAGCUCAAAUGAACAAAUGAGUGUUUAAAAAUAAGAUUUUACAAAGAAUUCUAAUAAUCUCUUACGGUUAACGUAGACCAAAAUAGUUGCUAAACGUCUGAAAGCAAAGUUAGAGGCUGACCAUUUAUGUUUAGAUCUUGGUCAAUAAAAAUAUUCUGCACGAAAAGUCAGUUCGUAUCAUAACUUGUCAACCUCUAAUCGGAUACUGUAAGUAUCACACAUGAUUUAUAUUGAGCUGUAAACGUUAGGUUAAAGAAAUGGUACUCUUAUGCGCAUCGCUAACCAAAAACUGCAAAUGUCAUGCUUCGUACUUUAAUCAAAGGCCUGUACAGAAAUAUGAGUGCAGUAAUAAGACAUGACAUCGCGUGCGCCACACAAAUACGUGACAUUGUCAAUGAUAACCACAACUCUGACAGAUAUGAAGAGAUGUGAAACAUUAGUUUGUUAAAUGCGUCAUUUGUAAUUUCCUCCUGGCAGUAUUAAGGUGGUUUCCCACGGCCUGUGAUGGCUUAAGCCGCCCCGCGACGCGCCCAUUUGUACGGAUUUUUUCACGCAACAGACAAAUACACGCCGGGCCUACGCCCGUGGUGGCGCGGACUCAGGUGUGCGUCACGAGUCCUAGUAUGGUUUGACUCGAAACGGCGUAGUCCGAAUUACAGUCAGUCAGUAAAUUACAAGCCGUGGGAAACCACCUUUACGAUGCGUUGCACAAAUUUUGUACCACAACGGUCCUUGUGUGCCACAAACGUGUUUUGUAAUACAAAUAUUGUGUAUCACACGGUGCGCCUUAAAAGUACAUUUUAAAAUGCACCUAAUUAUCACCAUAAGUGUUGUGUGCUUUGCCUUAUUGGUGGCUCCAAAUAAGGCCUAAUUCGUAUAGGUAUAAGGUCCUCUUUGAUGCUAACGCCCAUGUUUAGAACAUAGACAAACAUUCCAAGUGAUGUGACAAUAUUUUAUUAAGAUUUUGAGAAUAAACAUAAAAAGGCUAAGCGCGCACCGCGUUGUGCGGGACAUAUGAUGGGGAGAAAUGCGAUUAUUGCUGCGUUAACGAUUUUGUGUUGGGAUUUUUAUUCGCAAUACCCGUUUGUUUACGUUAUAGAAUAAUACAGUAAAAAUUCUCCGCGGAUUCUAUUCGCUAUGUACGCUUAGCUUUAAAGUGGGAACAAAAUGUAAAGCUCUUUUUGAUUGUUACAAUAUGUAUUUAUUCCUGAAACUUUGGUAAAAACUGUGGUAGAAGUGGCAUAUUAGUAGCGACAAAACAAUGUAUUUGUCACAAAGUAAAUAUAAUUUGAACUUUUUACAAUAACGUGUAAACAAUGAAGAGCUAAUCUUGCCACAGUAUUAUUGCACAAAUGCCGUUAGCAAAACUUCUUAUAGAAUAUAAAGAAAAGUAGUCGAGAAAGCAUUUGCAUUUUGAUCUUAUCCAAAGGAUGUUUGUCAGAUUUUAACCUAAAAACAUACAGUUUAAAUAAGCAUUUCUAAGCGUUGUCAUACGUAAUAAAAACUAAACAUAUCAAGAAGAUAACACGUGUUAUCGUUAUGCGACAACGGUGAUUCUAUCUCGCUUAAAAAAGACGUCAGACGACAAUGCUGCAUGAAUGCACGUUUUGCGUUUGUCACGUUUUAACGACAAAUGUAAAGGAUUUAAAUCACAAGUUUAAGUAUGAAUGAAAGGGAACCCUCUGUGAGGGUUUGUUUGAGAAAAUAAUUAUUUUUCACUGAACUUAAAAACAACAGCAAUUGCUUGCUUGAAAGACGUAUGUCACUGAAAUUUUAUGAAAUCAUUAUCGCAUAUAUUUAAUAAUACAGUAAGUCAUCAAGUCUGCACAUAAAUUUUAUCAGAAUUCACAUAAUGUGAUAUCAU